AUGGACGACAUAUCCGGAAACAUAUCCAAGCAGUGGAACAAGCAUCAUGCAAUAUAUAUGUCUAAUGCGAAUCUGCCUCGUGAAAUGCUCGAGAAAGAGUUUUGUAUUCGGUUUGUCACGUCUUCUCCUCACACAGCCCGAAUGGAAAUGAUGAGCGCCAUGCAAGAUUCAAUCAGAAAAGCUACGGAAUCGGGGGUCUUCAGUUGGGACUGCAAGCACGAAGAAGAGGUUAUGCUGGAGCUAUACGGUCUGUUUCUUGGUGGCGACAACCCAAUGCAUGCCGAAGAAUGCAGCCACGCAGGGCUGCAUUGCAACUUCUUCUGUAGGACAUGCGAAGUCGGCGGAACCAAGGAGUAUAAAGAGUCAGAUGAGGGCUACAAGAGCAUCUUCGUGCCAGGAAAGCCUCGCACUCCCACAGGAACAGUGGAAGAGAUCCACGCACAAUUUGCUUCUGCACUCUGUUCAGGUGCAUCAGAGAAUAUUAAGAAAUCUGUCGCUUCAUCAGGUGUGAAGGACACGAGAACUGCUUACAUUCUUGACACAGUUGUUGAGCUCGGGAAAAAGCUACACAAACGAGGCGCUGGUGUUCAGGCAAAACCAGAGUGCGAAGUCAAGGCUAUUCUAGAGAAGCAACUGGGAGACCUCCUGCAAGGGAGCACGAUCGAGGGCGCAAUAAACCCAUUAUUGGGCGUUGAAGGAUUUGACGUUCACCAGGACAGGCCAACAGAGAUUUUACAUACGGUGCUACUGGGGGUCGUGAAAUACUUUUGGGGUCAAUCGGUGUACCUCCUCGAAAAGGCAAAGCUCUUGGACGUUUUUCAAAUGCAUCUCGACUCCAUCAAGAAGGAUGGGCUUAAUGCUCCUUGUCUCGACACUGAGUAUAUCUGCCAUUACAAGGGCGGGCUGAUAGGGAAGCACUUUAAAAGUCUGGCGCAAGUCAUGCCAUUUCUCAUUCAAGAUUUACUACCAAUUCAUGCGAUUUUCGUGCUCGUACCUCAGACAUUUGCAUUCCACGUGCAACGACUGAGGUAA